AAAUAAUUUAAAAUUAAAAUUAAUAAAUUAGAAAAUUAAAAAUUACAAUAAGAUCAUAAACAUUAUUUUCAAAUUAAAACAACGUUGGCUGGAAUAACUCUAACGAUUUUUCAAAUUAAAAUCUUCUGAAAUAGCUGAACGAUACUGAAUAAUAAACACCUCUAAGUAUCUAUUCGAGUAAAUUAUGUGUGAAGACGAAGUUGUAGCUCUUGUCGUAGACAAUGGUUCUGGAAUAUGUAAAGCUGGAUUCGCGGGUGAUGAUGCUCCCAGAGCUGUUUUUCCUUCAAUAGUUGGACGACCACGUCAUCAGGUAGGUUUAUAUUUGAAUAACAGAUUUUCUAGUUUAUAUACACAAGUUCUCUGCUAUCCGAAAGCAUACUGCGAAUUUAGCCUUAUGUUGUUAAAUACAUUUAUCUUGCAGUUUUUUCUUCCGCAGUACGAAAAAGUUGUUAUAAUUNGAUUAGAUUUAGCCGGACGAGAUUUAACUGAUUAUUUAAUGAGAAUUUUAACAGAACGUGGCUAUUCCUUUACCACAACUGCAGAGAGAGAAAUCGUGCGAGAUAUUAAAGAGAAGCUCUGCUACGUUGCUUUGGAUUUUGAACAAGAGAUGGCAAAUUCUGCCAUAUCAUCAACUAUUGAAAAAUCUUAUGAAUUACCAGAUGGCCAAGUGAUAACAAUUGGAAAUGAAAGGUUUCGUUGUCCCGAAACACUGUUUCAACCGUCUUUUCUCGGUAUGGAAAGUUCUGGAAUACACGAAACAACUUAUCUCUCCAUUAUGAAAUGUGAUGUUGAUAUUCGUAAAGAUUUGUACGCUAACACUGUAUUAUCCGGAGGCACUACAAUGUAUCCAGGUAUUGCCGAUCGUAUCCAGAAAGAAAUAACAGCUCUGGCACCUACAACCAUGAAAAUUAAAGUAAUUGCUCCACCGGAAAGAAAAUAUUCGGUGUGGAUUGGUGGUUCGAUUUUAUCUUCUCUGUCAACUUUUCAGCAAAUGUGGAUAUCGAAACAGGAAUAUGAUGAAUCAGGACCAUGCAUUGUGCAUCGCAAAUGUUUUUAAGUUAACAUUAAGUAUCAUGUUUCAUUUUCUUAUAAUGUUUUUGUUCUGUCCAUUUCUUUCAUAUUCAGAUAACAAAGAUACAUACUGAUACACUUGCGUUUUAUUUAAUUGAAAUUACGAUUUUUUUACUUGUUUAAUGUUGUUGUUGACUAUUCAAAGUAAAAUUUAUUUGAUUUAAAUGUUCAGUUUUUGAGUAAAUACCUGUACUUCUAAAUAAUUUGUUAUGAAAUAAAAUAAUA